GUUUUGGUUAUUUCUCAUACUUUGAGUAAAUUAAACACAAGUUAGAAGUGAUAAUGGAGGCUGCAGGAUUUCAUGCUAAGAUUGAACUCCAACCUCCUCCUUAUCCCAUGGAUGCUUUGGAGCCUCAUAUGAGUAGUAGAACAUUGGAAAUCCACUGGGGGAAGCAUCACAGGGCAUAUGUUGACAACCUAAACAAGCAAAUAGAUGGAACAGAACUACAUGGAAAGACACUAAAAGACAUAUUACUCACUACCUAUAACAAUGGUUCUCCCCUUCCAGCAUUCAACAAUGCUGCUCAGGCCUGGAAUCAUCAGUUCUUCUGGGAAUCUAUGAAGCCCAACGGAGGAGGAGAGCCAUCUGGUGAAUUAUUAGAACUAAUCAACAGAGACUUUGGUUCUUAUGAUACGUUUGUUAAAGAAUUUAAGGCAGCUGCAGCAACACAAUUUGGCUCUGGUUGGGCAUGGCUUGCAUACAAACCUGAAGACAAAAAGCUUGCUCUGGUGAAAACUCCUAAUGCUGAAAAUCCUCUUGUUUUGGGUUACACACCGCUGCUCACCAUAGAUGUUUGGGAGCAUGCCUACUAUCUGGACUUUCAGAAUCGCCGACCUGACUACAUAUCUGUCUUUAUGGAGAAGCUCAUAUCAUGGGAAGCAGUCAGUUCUAGGCUCAAAGCAGCAACAGCUUGCGCUGCUUAGCAGGAAAACAGAAAGGACGAAGAGGCAAAUCUAGGAGGCACUGAAGAUGUAUGCUGGGAGUUACAUAUUUGAGGCAGAAUGAUUUUUGUCAACACUAUGAUCAAUCCUGUUAUAUUUCCUUUUCAGUGAGAGUUCUAGAUGUCUUAGCUGAGAAUUUGAGAUGUUUUAUUUUAUGCACUUUACAAGAGUGACAGGUGAUUUUCUGAAUUCAGAUGACAAUAUUGUUUAUGUUCUUAAGUAGUUGAUGGCUGGGAAAAUAAUACAGAAAAUCAAGUUUGAGUUGUGGAACAACAAUGUACAAGGAAUUGAAUAAAGAUAUUUAUUGCACUUUGAUGCUCUAAUAUCAGAUUGAUUCAA